UGAUCUUAAAAUAGGCUUUAGUGUCAUAGAGGAGAUCAGAGACACUUUAAACAGAUGUGUGUUCUGUCUUCCACACCUGCCCCAGCCUGGAGCAGUGGACACCGGGAACUCCUGCCCUCCGCAAUGACAUUAGUCAAGAUUAAAGGCAUGUGCAGACAGAGAAAAUCAUGAUAUACUCCACAAAUCCUCCCACACAGUCUACGGGAUAAACAAAAAAGCUUUUUAGAGACGUCCACUGUAGUUUGUUCUCGCGGGGCAAAUUGAUACAACAAGAAAUAUUACAAAAAAAACUUAAACUUACACAUGCAAUAGAUCUAUUUUGUUCUAUAAUGAAAAAUGUACAUUGUGCUCUAUGUUUGCGUGGGAUCCAGAAUACACACAGUACAGAGAAAUACUUAUUCUGGUGGAAAAUCUAGUUACUUUGAAUUUAAAAGAAAAUAUUUGUAUUGUGGCUUUAUACAUAGUUUAAAUGAUUUUCUUUAAUUGAAAGUAAUUUGAAGAUUAGAGAAAGGUUCUUUUUGAAUAGCUCUGAUGAAGGUGCGCUCAGGACUAGAUGGGGUGGGCCCAUCGUGAUGAUGUCAUCACUGCAUCUCAGUGGAGCAAAAAAGAUGCUCCUAUAACUAGUCAUUGUUCAGCACAUCCAGUACGGCAGCACUCCGCUGCUUCAGGUAUGUUUUCUAAUAUUACAAUCAUAUUAUCAUCACAGAUAUUGAACUUCAUCAUGAGUUUUGCUCUAAUUUAACUGAAUGACAUGACGUUGUAUUUAUCAUCAAAGGUUUGUUUGUCUAAUUUUCCUCUUGUUUAUUCAAAAUAACUUUGUUUCUGACCUCUCUGCUCCUCUAGCUCCUCUUGUGUUUCCCUGCAGCAGAGGCUGUAUGAUGCAGUGAGACUGUAAGUGGCUGGAGGUGGUGCGUGCUCUGUCUGUACUCAUGGCUCAGAGGAAAGCUCGGGGCUGCUGCAGCUGCCUCCGGGCUCCUAUGAAUGAAGAUAAUGCACGGUUUUGCCUCCUGGCUGCGCUCAUCCUGCUCUAUUUACUGUGUGGAGCUGCCAUCUUCUCAGCCCUUGAACACCCGUUUGAGUUGCGAGCACGCAGACGGUGGAAACAACAGGUGGAUAACUUUACCCAGAGACAUAGGGUGAACCUGGGCGCUCUGUACACUCUGCUGCGGCAGUAUGAAGAGGCCAACGGAGCAGGCAUCCGAGUGGACACCCUCCGACCACGCUGGGACUUCUCUGGAGCUCUAUACUUUGUGGGAACUGUGGUCUCCACUAUUGGAUUUGGCAUGACAACACCAACAACCAUUGCAGGCAAAAUCUUCCUAAUCUUCUAUGGUUUGAUUGGCUGUGCUGCUACCAUCCUGUUCUUUAACCUGUUCCUGGAGCGCAUCAUCACCAUGCUGGCCUACAUCAUGCGCUGGUUCCAUGAGCGGCGGCUGAGGUGUGCUGGGGUGGAGGCAAGUCGUGAGGAGCAGCCUGAGGAGGAGGACAGUCUGGAGGGGUGGAAGCCCUCUGUGUAUUAUGUGAUGCUGAUCCUAGGCAUGGCUUCAGUCGUGAUUGCAUGCAGUGCUUCCACUCUGUACAGUUCUAUGGAGAACUGGAGUUACAUCGACUCACUGUACUUCUGCUUUGUGGCAUUCAGCACCAUUGGCUUUGGUGACCUGGUGAGCAGUCAGAGGCAGCAGUACGAGUCUCAGGCUGUGUACAGCUUUGGGAACUGCCUGUUUAUCCUCAUGGGAGUGUGCUGCAUCUAUUCACUUUUUAAUGUAAUAUCUAUCAUCAUUAAGCAAACUCUAAACUGGAUCCUAAGUAAACUGGUGUGCUCUGGAUCUCUGCAGUCUUGCUCCUGCUGUGCAGUGGGCUGUUGGAGGUUCUGUUGCCCCUGCCUCUAUAAAAAGUCUCGCCAUCGCACUCGCCUGCCCCGACAUCUGAAUCAAAAACGCUUCAAGUGCAACACAGUGCACCCGGCCUCCUCUCAGCGCAGGACUGGGAGACGCCCCUACAAGGAUGGCUCUGUGGAGACAGUCUUUGAGAGUGAGACUGAUGGGGCAGGAGAUGGAGCUGUACAUUUGGGCAGGCGUCUGUCCGGAGAGAUGAUCUCUGUCAAUGAGUUCAUGGUGUCCAAUAAAGUGUCUCUGGCUCUGCUCCAGAAGCAGCUGAGUGAGACUGCUCACCAGGGCCCCAGACAGAGCUAUGCCCACCAGAAUGGCUUCUCCGGGGGUGUCGGAGCUCUGGGCAUCAUGAACAACCGCCUGCAGGAGACCAGUGUAGAUAGGUAGCAGGUAGCUGUGUUCAGGUGUUCUGGUGUUGCAUGGAGCCAAACUUAAAUGCCAAAAUAUUUUUUGUAGGAUAACACCAUGUCUUUUCAAUUCACUCUGUAUUUUUCCUGAACAAUUUCUAUGUAAACUCUAUGCAUCUUAAGUUGAAUUUGUGUUUAAGCGGUUGUUUCACGGACAGAGGAGAACAGUACUGGGGCAGUAAAGAGAUGUCUGAUGUCAUGAAGUGAUUGGCUCAUACAAAUGCAAUCACCAAAGAUGCCCUGAAGGAGCCUUUGAAGAGAGCCACUGAUUUAAGUGUAUCCUUGACCAUAUAUUUGUAUGUCUGAGAUGGUCUGCUAUUAGAUCAUUAGGUCAGUGGUGGAAGAUAUAAACUAACCUAUGACAAAUAGAAAAAAACAGUGUUUCUUUAUGCAUUUUCUUUUCACCAUUUGUAAUUGAAAUUCACAUUAGUCGUCAAAGAACAGCAUGGCGCAAGGUUUUAAGAGGCACACAUCUAAUCAAACUGGACCUCUGGAGGACACCCUCAUGUCCGUAAGAGCAGUACAGACAGAUGUAGGAUCACUCUCCUGCCUCUAAAGCAGCCUCAAGCUUCAUGGAGGAGGUCCUUUUCUAUGCAAACAAAUCCCUCAUAAUCCUUUUGAUGAGAAAGAUUAGCAUAAAGCUAAAAGCUUAAGAUUUGUUAGUAUUAAGGAAAUGCAUAGUAACUAUCAGCAAUUCUCCUACUUGUUUGUUGUGGCAGUAUAAAAAGAAACAAGCAAUGUUAAAACUUUAUUAGAAUAAAGUAAUCAUGACUUAUAUUUCUAUAGACAGAAAAGUAGUAACAGUAACACUUCAGCACAGUACAGUAGCGAUGUUGAUGCUCUUAUGUCUUACAAAAUAUAAUAAGGCAACACAGAAAUUACUGUAUCAACAUUUCAUUUGAAAAAAUAAAUCUCACAUUGUACAGACAGAUGUGUACUGAAAUAAAUAGAAAAGAUAAAUAAAUUCACUUUUAUAUGUAUUUCUUCAUAUAUUUACUCUAUAUAACAUCUCAUUUCUGUCAAAUGUAUCCACAACAUGCAGCAUAUUUUUCAAAGCAUUCUUUUAUACUGAGUUCAAUACAGAACUUAGGGACACUAAAGAGAUGUUUAUUAUAAUAUGCAAAGUUAAAUCUUAAACUUAAUAGCUUAACCUUUAAUCUAAUUUCAUAAUAGUACAUUCCUAUUUGCCGUUGGCAACGACACUUCCAUUUACAAACUAGAGCAUUAGCAUAUUACAUUUAGUUGGCAACUUUGAAUAUCUUUUACAUUUGACUUCAUGUUACUUACUGUGUGCUACUCCUCUGUUACCUGAAAUAAGUACUUCACAGUAUGUUAUUUUGAGUGUUACAGGCCAUAAAUGACUGAGGCAGGGUGUGUCUCUGAGAGCAUUAGAAAAUGUAGUGCAAAUAUAAAUUGUAUUUGAGCCUUCUCCUAUCCAUUCAGUAUUUUUCCUGACAAGGUGCUGCUUGUCAACACAGUGUAAACAAACAUCUAUCUCUUUUUGCACAUAUGAAGAUUUUGUAUUAACAAUAAUUACAGUCUCUUUCAGUUUUCCUCGUAAUGUCUUAGGAACCUCCCAAUCCCUAGAAACACCAAAAGAAAAUAUUAGUAAAGAAUGCAGCAUUCAUUAUUUUUCACGGCAUGUACUUACAUUUGGUACAGUUGGCUUGUGUAUUUCUUUUUGCUGAUAGUAUGCAGAAAUUAUGCAGUUUCUCCUACAAAACAGAAGAAUUAUCUGUAACAUGUACAAUAAAUGUAUAAAAUGUG